ACGGGCAGCUGGCUUGUCAUCUGGAUCGACCUUUUCAUAUCGUCUCACAACACGGAAACAGAUAACAUUCUAACAAACAGAUCCUGUAGAUGUACACUUAGCCAUGGCAGACACAGAGUCGAUAAAACGAAAACACGAGUCUAAGACUUUAAUAACGGAAGACAAACCUUUGCCCAUGGAUUCAAGAGUGAGCGAUGCCAGAAAAGAUUAUCAAAAGGUUUACAAGAGGAUGUGCUCCGAGAAUAAAGACGAGCAAGCUGCGAUAUGGACCAGUAUGUUUGAGGAAAACUUGGGGAGAGAAGUCAGUGGUGAGCUGCCCCCUUGGCUUGGCCCAAAGGAAAAGAAAGAGGGAAAAUUUGGGGAUCCUGAAAAGACGGAUCUUGCGACUAUUCACAAGGCGAGAGCGAAAGAAUCUGGUGUGGCCAAUGCAGCGAAUCUUAUCGAUAGCAAAGCAGAACAAAAGGAAAUCAAAGAAUCGCCGUGGCUUGACCAAAACGCUAAAAGUGAAGGAGAUUCAGAAAACCAAGAAAAGACAGACUUCGAGUCRAUUCAUAAGGAAAGAGUGAUUGAAUCUGGUGUAGCGAAUGCAGCGAAUCUUAUCGAUGAAAGACGACAUCGCGCUAGAAGUUUUGAAGGAAGCAAGGAAAUACCUCCUACAACAACUGGUUCAGACAAGGAAAAGUGAUGAUACCUCAGCGGAGAAAGGAUAAAAAUCUAUCGCAAUCAAACAAGGACUAAAGACAAGAAAUCUGAACAAGUCUAAGAUGUUUGAUGCAUUAGUUUUGGGGCAUUUGCUUUCCCAAAAGUGACGCAGAUGUCAACAAUGGAAGGAACUGUGUAAGGAUAUAUAAUGUAUUUAUGUGAAUAUGUUAUGAGAUUGGAUUAAGUAUUUGCUUUAUAAUAAUAUCCAAAGUAUAUAUUUCGUUUAGUUGGCCUUUUUCUCACGCGGACGCCAUGUUUAUUCUUAUUUUGAAGCACUUGGAUAUUUGCGUGGUGUUUUUUUGUUCUUGUCAACAUGCCUAUCGCAUGAGUAAAGCAUUAUUGUCACGUUUUGGUUUUUGCGCCUUUUCGCUCUGUCGUAUUUAAUAUGUUCGAUGGAAAUCCAUUUUUUCCGUAGUUCCAAUAGUUUUUUCCGUAUGGUUCAUUUUUUAUUGCCUUUUUAUCGACAUAUUAACUCAAGCAAUUUAUACCAUGAGGUCAUUACAGUAUUCUUGGCUUUCAACAACGUCAUCGAAAAAUUUCCAAAGACUUAUAUACGACAAAACCUCCACACACCGAAAGAGCAACUAAAACUGUUUAUCUCAGCCAAAAUUGUAGCUAAGAGAAGCUUUAGAUACGGAGAUACGAGCGAUUGAUUAUGCCCAUAACUUAGUUGACACGGUAUGGGUCCGCCAUCUUGAUGUCCUAUCUAGAGGGGCGCAAAGAUGGCGGCCAAAUCACGAAAGUUAAAAAUCAUGUUUCUAUUGAUCCCAAUUAAUUAGUUUAAUAAUAAUAAUUAUCGAAAUAAAGUUAACAAUCAUCUACUAAAAUGAAAAUGUAUUAUAUCAAUCGAAUUUCCCUAUUCCUAAUGCUUUGAAAAUGCGUGACACUGAUUGCGUUACAGAAUUUGAUUCGUAAUAAAUCUAAAACCAAACAUCGAAAAUACACAAGUAUUUUGGCAAAGCUUUUCUUUUAACGCUGUAAACAGAAUAUUCGACAAACAGUUUUGUGGAGUGAGUACUUUGGAUUUUUGUCUUUUCAUGAUGUCGGGUGAAAGCCAAGAAUUAGGUAUCAGACAUCGUGUUUAUGUUCGUGCGGUCAUCAAUGUUAGUGCGCAGGCAUCUAUGUGAAUAAUAUACUCUAUUGUCAUACAACAUUUUGAAGCUGAUAAGACAAUCUCGUACCUAGAGCCUGCAUUUCUUCUGGCCUGUGACGAAGAAUGAGGGCUCUGGCAUAAUCCAUCAGUUUUUUAGACCAGUAUUUCUUGGACCUCUGGUAUAAGAGUGCAUGCACUCAAAGACUUGCAAAAAAUAAAUUAAAAAAAAGUAAACCCAGAACUCUGUUUUAAAGCAUGAUUUUCAUUGAUUAUAUUUCACUUCCAGAAAAUUGUGCAUGUUUCAAAAAAUGUAUAAUAUGAUAAAUAUAUGUUAAUAUGUUUUGCAUCGUUUUGGUUUUCCAAACUGGCACUUUUAGCUCAAACUAUUGAUCUAUCAGUAAUAUACCACUAGUAGGUGGGCCAAUCAGAGCACAGGAUUUGUUAUAGACUACUAGUAGGUGGGCCAAUCAGAGCACAGAAUUUGUGAUAGACCACUAGUAGGUGGGCCAAUCAGAGCACAGGAUUUGUGAUAGACCACUAGUAGGUUUUAUUUUUUUAUAGUGGGAUAUAAAUUCAGUGUAUGCAUA